CCAGGACUUCACAAAGAUAGGUGAGCUCUUAGGAGCCAACACAUUUCUCCGUUUGUAAGCCACCCCUCGACUGCAGCCAGGAUGGCUCGGGAUAUGUCAGAUAAGGAAAUCCUGAAAAUGGAAUUGGACCAACUGAAGAAGGAAGUCGACACUCCUCGUACCGCAGUGGGAGCGAACUGUGCUGAGACCAUCGCUUACGUAGAGAGCCACAUCGCAGAGGACAUGCUGAUCAAAGGCGUUCCCGAUGAAAAGAACCCGUACAAGGGCGACAAGGGGGGCUGUAUAAUAACAUAGCACCCGCCGAGGAGGGGGGUGGUAGAACGCAACGCAAAGCAAACAAACAUCCGGCUAUGUUUUUUAUGAGGCUCAGGUUGAUUGCUGUAUGGAAACGUACGCAUACCGUAGUGGAGUUACCGUGGAGUGUGUAAAGAUGAGCAUCAGGUCACAGAUCUGUAUUGAUGUCACGGUCUUUCUAGCAGACUUGCAUUACCAUACGCCUGUUGAUAUGAAUACCAAUAUCCAUGUCGAUUUGUAAUUAAA